CGGCCAAAGUUGGGAAGUCGCACUCGCCCUCUCCCAAUGGCACCACAAUUCGACCUGGAAGAGGGCCAAGAGACAAAUGGUUUGAGAGAGCAAUAGACCUACCUUUUAAAGUUUGUAAUUAAUACCGGGUGAUUCAACUGACCUUGUUUGUACAAAGUAGAUGAUUUCGUCACUUUGACGUUUCUUAGAACAAACCGAUUUGGAUGAAUGUGUUUAUCCUGUACCGGAAAAGUUGUCAUUUUGGACCCUUUUUCACUUUUGAACCACUCCACGCCGUGGAGGGUGAGUGGUUGUUCCUGAAAUAUGUGGGUAAAAGCUAACUUUCCUAGUGUGGGUGAGCUGACAAGUCUGUGAAUAUCGUACUUGGGCAAUACGCCUGAUACCACGAACCUGAUUCGAUCUGAUUAUCAAUUUCCGAGGACAGGAGCGGGUUGGGAAUCUCCUGGAUCCAGCCAGUCAGUGAUCCCCGAGUGAGUGUACCACGAGGAGGUGGAGGAUUUGGUGGAGGAGAAUCUCAUGGCAAAUCCUAUUGCAACCCUGGCCAUCUCAACCAUGGCCACCACCACAACUUUUUCGUCGGAUUUCCCAAACGAAUACACGCCAUAUGGAGAACCCGAACCUUUCCUAGACCUUCAAGAACGGGGCUGUACAACAAACGCUAUGGAUCAAGCUCAGGACACUGGACUAGAGCUAGAUAGCCUUCAAAUAGCUUGCCAAGAUAUAUUCGCGCCCGAAGAGCACCCACUUCCGGUUCAAUCAGUGUGUCAGGGUGACUAUUACGUCGGGACCAAUCGUGAUCAAGUGAACCUGGAUUGGAAUGUGGCGUCAUAUCCGGAAGCAUGUGUGACCUAUUCAAUGGAAACAGUGAAGGUAGUCGAGGAACAUGAUUCUUUUCCCAGUCAAGAUGGAGAAGUCUCCACGUCCACUCCCAUGCACAAAUCAAAGAGACAAGAUGCAAGCGAUUCAAGUCAAAGAAAAGCUCAUAGGAGGAAAUCUACCAAAUUGCCCAAAUCGCCCGAAUCCGAGCUGCGCCACUCCAAGAAGAAGUCUGCAUAUAAGCACGUCCCACACGCCGAGAAACCGGCUCAUUUAGUGGCCAAACGGAAUGCCAGAGAAAGAAAAAGAGUCCAUGCUGUCAAUUUGGCCUUUGUCAAUCUGAGAAAAAGUAUUCCCUUCGAAAAUAAGAGGGGCAAGAGAGUCAGCAAAGUCAAGGUGCUACAACGAGCCAUUAGUUAUAUCAUGAAUCUCCAUCAUAUGAUACGCGAACACGAUGGCACGUCUCAUGAAACAGAUGAAAACGCCUUCGUUCUCACGGCGGAUGAUUCGCGGUUAUUCGACUUUUAAUUGCCAUACAGAAUCAAUCAAACUGACUAGAAAACUGACCAUUCUACGAGAGGUUGUAUAGAUAGAGUGUAUUGAUCUUCCGCCGUAAACAAUCAUUAAAGUUGAAA